AUGGUGGUGGUUGCGCGCAACGCGAUCGGGUUCGUCAUCGACGGACCGUUGGGACCUACUCUGGUGGUGAAGCCGGACCAGCUCAUAAAGCGACGGGGGAAGUUGGGGCUCGUGGGCAUCAACCUGGACCUUCAGGGGGUCAAGGACUGGCUCAAAGAUAGACUCAUGACCGAGGCCGCUGUCGGAAAGGCCAAAGGAGUUCUCAAAAACUUUAUCAUCGAGCCGUUCGUGCCACACAAACAGGAGGAGGAGUUUUACGUCUGCGUCUACGCCACUCGCGAGGGGGACCACGUGCUGUUCCACCACGAGGGCGGCGUGGAGGUGGGGGACGUGGACGCCAAAGCCCUGAAGCUCCUGGUGCCCGUGGGCGAGAAGAUCCACGAGCAGCAGGUCACGGAGCAACUCCUGACCCAAGUCCCGGACCAGAAGAAAGGAGUCCUGGCCAGCUUCAUCGUGGGUCUUUUCAGUCUGUAUGAGGAUCUCUACUUCACGUACCUGGAGAUCAACCCUCUUGUGGUCACUCAGGACGGCGUGUACAUCCUGGACAUGGCGGCCAAGAUCGACGCCACGGCCGACUACAUCUGUAAAGUCAAGUGGGGCGACGUGGAGUUCCCGCCCCCUUUCGGCAGAGAGGCCUAUCCAGAGGAGGCGUACAUCGCUGAUCUGGACGCCAAGAGUGGAGCCAGUCUGAAACUCACCAUUCUCAACCCAAAAGGCCGGAUCUGGACCAUGGUGGCUGGAGGAGGGGCCUCUGUGGUCUACAGUGACACCAUCUGCGACUGCGGCGGCCAGACCUACGACUACGCCAAGACCAUCCUGUCACUCAUGACCCGAGACAAGCAUCCCAACGGGAAAGUUCUCAUCAUUGGAGGAAGCAUUGCUAAUUUCACAAACGUCGCAGCCACUUUCAAGGGCAUCGUCAGAGCCAUCAAAGAUUACCAAGAGCCUCUCCAGGAGCACGACGUCACCAUUUUCGUCCGUCGGGGAGGACCCAACUACCAGGAGGGUCUGCGGGUCAUGGGGGAAGUGGGGAAGACCACUGGAAUCCCCAUCCACGUGUUCGGGACCGAGACUCACAUGACGGCCAUAGUCGGGAUGGCGUUGGGUCAUCGCCCGAUUCCGCACGAGCCUCCGUCGGACGCACACACGGCUAACUUCCUCCUCAAUGCUAGUAGCAACGCAAAGACUCCCGCUGCCACGAGGACGGCCUCUUUCUCCGAGCCCAGAAUAACAAAUGAAUUGUGCCCGGCCAAGAAGUGCAAAGGUGUCCCUGCAGAUUCGCUUCAUUCUAUUUUGUGGCCUUUGAAGAAUGCGGUCACUAGCGAUUGGAAAGAAGCCCAGGCCUCUUCAGGCUGCUCUGGAGCGAAAGCCACGACUCUGUUCAGCAAACACACCAAGACCAUAGUGUGGGGGAUGCAGACGCGGGCCGUGCAGGGCAUGCUGGACUUCGACUACGUGUGCUCCAGAGACGAGCCCUCCGUAGCCGCCAUGGUCUACCCCUUCACUGGGGAUCACAAGCAGAAGUUUUACUGGGGCCACAAAGAAAUCCUCAUCCCAGUUUAUAAGAACAUGGCGGACGCGAUGAAGAAGCACCCGGGAGUGGACGUGGUCAUCAGCUUCGCCUCUCUGCGCUCGGCGUUUGACAGCACGGUGGAGGCGAUGCAGUUCCCACAGAUCCACACUAUUGCCAUAAUCGCUGAAGGCAUUCCCGAAGCUCUGACCAGAAAAAUGAUCAAGAUGGCUGACGAGAAAGGCAUCACGAUCAUCGGCCCGGCCACGGUCGGCGGAAUUAAACCCGGCUGUUUUAAGAUCGGCAACACGGGAGGAAUGCUGGACAACAUCCUGUCGUCCAAACUGUACCGUCCUGGCAGCGUGGCCUACGUGUCCCGCUCCGGCGGCAUGUCCAACGAGCUCAAUAACAUCAUCUCCCGCUCCACAGACGGCGUGUACGAGGGCGUGGCCAUCGGAGGAGACAGAUAUCCAGGUUCGACCUUCAUGGACCAUGUGCUUCGGUACCAAGACACUCCUGGAAUUAAGAUGAUUGUGGUUCUGGGAGAGAUCGGAGGAACAGAAGAAUACAAGAUCUGCCAAGGCAUCAAAGAAGGCCGCAUCACUAAACCUGUUGUGUGUUGGUGCAUCGGGACGUGUGCGACCAUGUUCUCCUCAGAGGUCCAGUUCGGUCACGCCGGAGCUUGUGCCAAUCAGGCCUCAGAAACAGCUGUGGCCAAGAACCAAGCCCUGAGGGACGCCGGAGCAUACGUCCCCAAGAGCUUUGAUGAGCUGGGAGACGUCAUCAAAACUGUUUACAACGACCUGGUGGCCGACGGUACGAUAGUUCCCGCUGAAGAGGUACCGCCCCCUACUGUCCCAAUGGAUUAUUCCUGGGCCAGGGAGCUGGGUCUGAUCCGCAAACCAGCCUCGUUUAUGACCAGUAUCUGUGACGAGAGAGGACAGGAGCUGAUCUACGCCGGGAUGCCCAUCACCGAGGUCUUCAAGGAGGAGAUGGGCAUCGGUGGCGUGCUCGGCUUACUGUGGUUCCAACGCAGGUUGCCUCGUUACGCCUGUCAGUUCAUUGAGAUGUGUCUGAUGGUGACCGCGGACCACGGCCCCGCGGUCUCCGGAGCUCACAACACUAUAGUCUGUGCACGAGCCGGGAAAGACCUGAUCUCCAGCCUGACCUCGGGACUGCUGACCAUAGGCGACCGGUUCGGAGGAGCUUUGGACGCAGCAGCCAAACAGUUCAGUAAAGCCUUCGACAGCGGGAUGUUGCCCAUGGAGUUUGUCAACAAGAUGAAGAAAGAUGGAAAGCUCAUCAUGGGCAUCGGCCACAGGGUCAAGUCUAUUAAUAAUCCAGACAUGAGAGUCCAGAUCCUGAAGGACUUUGUGAAGCAGCAUUUCCCCUCCACACAGUUACUGGAUUAUGCUUUAGACGUAGAGAAGAUCACCACAUCUAAGAAACCAAACCUGAUUCUCAACGUCGACGGUUUCAUUGGAGUCGCCUUUGUGGAUCUUCUCCGGACGUGUGGGGGCUUCACGAGGGACGAGGCAGACGAGUUUGUGGAGAUUGGUGCCUUAAACGGAGUCUUUGUCCUCGGCCGGAGCAUGGGCUUCAUCGGGCAUUACCUGGACCAGAAGAGACUGAAGCAGGGUUUGUACCGUCACCCGUGGGACGACAUCUCCUACGUGCUUCCUGAACACAUGUCCAUGUAA